GUUUAUUUAUGGCUAAAGAAAAUAUGUGGGGUUCAGCCUGUCCCAGAGGGUGUGUUGACUGCAGAGACAGUGGAUACCUUGCAUGAGCUUUCCAAAUACGAUGAAGCCACAGACAAGGAUAUUUCUUUCUUGAUAGAGGACAUGAAGGAGAGGGCAACAUGGUAUGAAGCAGAAGCUAAAAAUCUAGAGAACAUUUUCACAGAACAUCUGGGUAUUCACCUGUACAGUCUGUCCAGUGAGGGCAUACUCUACCUUGAUGAUCUGGUGCGCAGUGCAAUGAUACUGGAAACAAAGGAUGCUUCUCUCACAAGCCUCUUCAGUGCCAUCAACGAUAUGACUUUGGAGCUGCAUGAAACGGAAUCAAAAAACAGAGAAAUGAGAGUGGAACUGGCAAAAAUGAGAGAAAAACUGGCUUCAGUGCUGAUGCUGGAAAUGCAUCUAGAGCAGGAUCUCCAAAAAUCUAAGGAAGAUUAUGAAGUACAGAAGGCCAAAAACAAGGAACGCUUCCUGACCGUGGACUUCCUGCAAAUGAAAUCCCUGGAGUUACAAACCAGCAUUGAUGAUGCUCAGGAGAAGAUUGUUGCCUCAGGACUGGACCAGUCAUUGACACACGAGUCCCUCGUCAACCUGUCUGAGGAAUUGAAGGAACUGAAGAAACAAAUUGAACCUCUGAAGCAGGAGAUGGAGUCCUAUGCAGAUUUACCUCCUAAUCUUUUACUUGCAAAAGUGAGGAAUGAAGAAUUGAAACGAGAACUGGAAGCUGUAGAGGAAGAGUUCUCAAAGGAGCUUGAUAAGGUGGCUUCUGAGUUGGCAGGCUCCAGAAGAACCUGGUUCACCUGA